AAAAAGCAUUGUAAUAUUCCAUCAAAAAUCAAAACCUUUUCCCUUGUUUCAUCUCUGUAUUGCUUCUCUCCGGCCAUCUCUCUCUCUCUCUCUCUUUGCUCUGCUCUUUGGAUUGCUUCUCCCCGUUCCUCAAAUGGUAAGGAAAGUGAUUAUAUGGAGGCCACUGUCACUUUAUGUGGAUUCAGAGGAGGAUUUAAGUUACAAGGCUCCUAAGCCAAUCCAAAGAAUUUUAAGCCUCUUCAAGGAUAUAGGACCAGGUUUUGAUCUCACCUACUUCAAGCUGCCACCUCUAUUCAACUUCCCCAAGUCCCAUCUUCAAUGCUAUGGGGAAACAGUUUACUGCAUUGGCACGGACAUGCUAAGCAGCUGUAACCAGGCAGACAACCCUGUGGACCGGUUCAUAUCGGUUGUGCGUUGGAGUAUUUCCACUUUGCGACCUCCAAUAUUUGGGUUAGCCCCUUACAACCCCAUCCUUGGCGAGACUCAUCAUGUCUCAAGGGCAUCUCUCAAUGUCCUACUCGAGCAGAUUUCUCACCACCCACCAGUUUCUGCUCUCCAUGCAACUGAUGAGGACCACAAUAUUGAACUCAUAUGGUGUCAAGAAUGUGUUCCUAAGUUCAAUGGUGUCGCGGUUGUGAACGAGGUGCGAGGGAAGAGGCAACUUAAGCUCCUGAGUCGAGGAGAAACAUACGAAAUGAACUCUCCGAACCUCUUGAUAAGAUUUCUCCCGAUCCCGGGUAUCGAUUGGAAUGGAGAUGUUAGGAUCAGGUGCCCGGAUAACGGCCUUGAAGCCGAGUUACGGUUCGGGCACAAGUCUUAUCUUGGCUUUAGAGGAAGUCAGAGAUCAGUUGAAGGAAAGAUCUACCGGACAUCAACUAAGAGGACCCUUUUUCAAGUGAAUGGCAGUUGGGACAGAACUGUUACAAUGAAGGACGAUACUAGUGGAAAGCAGACUGUUAUAUACAAUGCAGAAGAAGUUUAUUCCGGGAUGAAAACUCCUAUUGUUAAUGAUUUGGAGGGAGUACGACCGACCGAGUCGGCCGCAGUCUGGGGUGAGUUAAGCGAGGCGAUACUGAGCCACGAUUGGGAGAAAGCAAAAGAGGCGAAGAACACGGUGGAGGAGAAACAGAGGGAGCUGUUGAGGGAAAGAGAGUCCAAAGGAGAAACUUGGGUUCCCCAACAUUUCACGGUGACACACACCAAAGAUGGUGGAUGGGACUGUUCUCCGACUCAACAAUGGGUACAACCAGCUCCGAUUGUUGUCCCUCUUUCGUAAGGUAAUCAAGUCCAACAAUCAGUUAGCCAGCUUAUACUUAUAUGAAUCCCCUCUUUGAGGCCCUUCUAGUGUUAAGAAAACAUAAACGGCUGAAAUCAAACCUACUUGUAUAAUAGCUAAACGCUUACAUAUCCAAUGUUUGUGCAUGAGUAAAUUAA